CCUGGAUGUACCUUUUAUCCGUUCUGAAACUACGUCAUAUUUUCGCGAAUUAUGAUGAAAUAUAACAUAAUCAAUGUAAAGUAGGCUAUGGCCAAUCAGUUUCCAAUUCUACUAAAAUAUAUGCAUUCAUUGUAUCGAACUAGGAAGUUACAUCACAUAUAUAGGUUACAUUCACUAACCUGAGUGUUAUUGAAUUGAAAAUUAGUGUAAAUUUGGAAAUCUGGACUUCACGUUUACGUUUACAAUGAACUGGAUUGGUGGAACGAGGAAUCGCUUUCGAGGCCUGAAUGACGAUCAGAAAAAGCAAAAGGAAUUCUUUGAACGGAGAAGAUUGGCAAAUAGAGUCAAAUCGGCAACAUCUUUAACUACUCCAGCAGGAAAGAAGAAGAGUAUCAGUCGUGACAUUUUACAUUUACAAUGUGUUAAACAGACUAAACGUUCUCCAUUUAAAGAUGAAGACGCCCCGUCGACGUGUAGUUCUGCUGAAACACGGAACUCUUCUCGACACGAAAGAUCUCCUAUCCAUAGAGUAGUGAAACACAUUGAUCUGUCGCAUGGAAGAAAUAGAUUCGGUAAUAUUGGUAAGAAGUCGUCAUCUAAUAGAAGUUUCAAGCACAAACUCCAUCUUCCUAAUGUUUCUCCGUGCAAACAACCAUCUAACAUCGAACUCGCAGACGCGACUGACGAUGAACAUUCCAAUACAAGGCAGAGGCAAUUCAAGCAUUUACCUUCGUACCAAUCAACGCCAAUUGACCAAUUUGCAUCGCAGAGAUUGAAUAGAAACAAUAUGGGAGGGCGGCACCCCCGUGGUGUUUCCAACUUUCAAGGAAGUGCAUUGUCAGUUUCUACUCCAGUACUCUAUGAUGACAUUUAUAGAUCACGAGAAAAAGUACUUGAAAGCGCCAACAAACGAUUUUAUGGAAAUAUUCCCGAUUGUGAAGAAUCAUUCAUAUGUGAAAGAUCGCGAAGUGAAAAGAAGGUCAAUUUCUCGCACAUCAAUGAAUAUUACAGCUUAUCAAGUGACAGCGAAACCAGGAGCGAUCCUCAUUCAUGCUUCGACGUGAAUUUUUUACUAGGUGCUGGUACUUCUACUGGCAUUCAAUAUCCAUCUCCAGCAAGUUUUGACAUGAUGGAGAGCGCUACGUUUCCCCAAAUUCUUGAUGAAGUCAAAAACAAACAUUUAUCCUACCCAACUCCGGUUUAUAACAACCACGAGGAGUUAUUCAAUAGAGCAAUCAGUUUUAAAAAUACUUUUGGAGAAACGGAUAGAAUACUUCAUGGCAGUCCUAAAAUUUUACUUGAAAAUUUGAAUGUGGACGCUCUUCUCACAUCACAGCAAAAGUCAUGCUCUGACUUAAUAUUUGAACGUUUGGCCAACAAUGACAUAUGUGGAGGAAAACGGGAAAAGGACAAAUUCACGAAUCCAGUGUUUGUUGGAAUUGACGAUACGCCUAUCUUAGGCAAGGGGCCACGUUUCCAGGAGCGACCAUUCACAUGGAUAUCGGACGAAGAAGAGGUCAAAUUUCAUAAUUUCUCCUCAGAAAAGUGUGCAGAUGAAAGUCUUCAAAAAUGGCUAAAAUUUCGACCAAGACAGCUGAAUUCUUCUUCUGGUGUUGCAAACAAUAACAUAUCCUUGUCAUUCACCCCUAAAACAAAAAUUGAACAGUUUGGUAUAGUGGCAGAAAAUAACAUAGCUUCCGAGAAUAUUCCCAACUCUUGUAGCCCGGAAUGUCAAAAUCGUACACUGACGGAAUCGCCAAAGUUGAAGAAUCAACGAUCUCAUAACAGCAUGACAGACGCGGUGCAGGAGUAUAACCCAAACGAAUCUUUUGUUUCAAAAGAAGGAAUAGUCAAUCUUUGUGAUCUUUAUGCAAACAAUGAGUCGUUUUCUCCAAUAGCGAAGUAUUCUAGCAAUCAAGAUGAAAGUAUAAAACAUGGGUCGAGCGGAAACGUUAUCACUCAAAAUGCAGAUACUAUACCUGAUUAUUUGAAAGAACCUUGUUCAAGUGCAAAAUAUAACACUGGAACGAAUAUAAAAUCUGAGAUUUUCGACAAUGAAAAAUGUACUGAAGUUUAUAAUAUGGAAACCAGUUGUUUUCCUUGGAUUAUCAACAAAGACGACGGUCUUGCUUCAGAGUUUGAUAUGAAAGACAACACUAGUAACGAAAAUUCGAUGAGUUUAGUUAAGAUUUUGACAGGAACUAAAACACCUGUAGAAUUGGAGGAACAGGAAAGUCAACAAAUACAGUCAGAAGUAUGUAAAAAUCAAAAAGAGACGCCCAUUGGUAUAUUUAACCUGGCAAACAUAGUGCAGAUAGACGAUUUCAAGUCGAGUGAGGUAAGCGAAAAAAAUUUAAACAAUGAAGUAACUAUGAUUCUGUCACACGCGGCGGAGAAGCUGAAUGAAUCUUUGGGCCGAACAAAUGAUGGAAGCAUAAUGGCAUAUAAUGAAGAUACAACAACAACGGAAGUCGCAAUCCAGAAUGUCACAACUGGGGAAGAAGAUAAAUACAUAGAUGCAAAUCCCGAAAUUUCAUCAAAUUGUCGAGUUCAAACAGCUACAAAAUAUCUGGACAAAGCGUCUUCGCCGAUUAUAUGCUAUACAAAAUCCAUCAGCAGUACUAAAGCAACUCAAACUGGAGAAACCCACAAAGGUUUGGAUUCGUCAGUUGAAUUCAGCAAUGCUUGGGUUCAAACUGAACGCUAUAGCCCACCACGUUCGGACGUUUGCAAGUUCCACCCUAGAGUGGAACUUGGUGUGGACGUGAGAGACUGUGUUACUCUGAAUCAUGGAAGCGCCGUUAUCAAACGGCGGAAUGAAUCUUCUGCUUCUCAAAGCUCUGACGAUUCGGUAUUAUACGGAAAAUCGUCAUCGUACAAGAAAAGACGAAGUAACCGAAAAAGAAAAAUUUAACGUUUUAGGAAGUGAACGAGUUAACGCCGUCUUUAAAUGGUGUAUGAUACACGGUGAUUUGCGUGACGAGUGCAACAACGAUCGUCAUCGUUCUUUAUUUCCAGGUUACAUAGAUAUCCAAUAUAGUAACUAUUUUUUCAUCGCAGAAAAUUGUUUUAAGCCGUCACCAAGAAGAACA